AGUCAGAGUUGCAGGCAGAGUUUUAGUCCAUGCUGUGCCCCCUGGACAGUGCUGGUGAGGCUGAGCAAGAGGCCUUCACAUCUCAACACCUAGAAGAGUAGUGAAGGAGUGUCACCAGGUCAGGGGACCAUGUUGCGCCGCAAGCCCUCCAACGCCAGUGAGAAGGAGCCCACUCAAAAGAAAAAGCUAUCACUCCAGCGCUCCAGCAGUUUCAAGGACUUUGCCAAAUCCAAACCCAGCUCCCCAGUGGUGAGCGAGAAGGAAUUUAAUCUGGAUGAUAAUAUUCCAGAAGAUGACUCAAGUGUCCCUACCCAAGAGGAUGCUGGGAAAAGUGGCAAGAAGCUGGGGAAGAAGUGGAGGGCCGUGAUUUCCCGAACCAUGAACAGGAAGAUGGGCAAGAUGAUGGUAAAGGCCCUGUCAGAGGAGAUGGGAGACACUCUGGAGGAAGGCUCAGCCUCCCCGACAUCUCCAGACUGCAGCCUGGAUAGCCCUGGCCCUGAAAAGAUGGCACUAUCUUUUUCUGAGCAAGAAGAACGUGAGCUCCCAGCACUCAGCCGCCAAGCAUCCACAGGCAGUGAGCUCUGCAGCCCCAUCCCAGGCUCUGGCAGCUGUGGGGAGGAACCACCUGCCCCCCAGUACACAGGACCUUUCUGUGGCAGAGCCCGAGUCCACACCGACUUCACUCCCAGCCCCUAUGACCAUGACUCACUGAAACUACAGAAAGGUGAUGUGAUCCAGAUCAUUGAAAAGCCACCUGUGGGCACAUGGCUGGGCCUACUCAAUGGCAGGCUGGGCUCUUUCAAGUUCAUCUACGUGGAUGUGCUGCCUGAGGAGGCUGUGGGGCCUGCCCGCCCCAGCCGCCGACAGAGCAAGGGCAAGAGGCCCAAGCCCAAGACCCUGCAUGAGCUGCUGGAACGCAUUGGUCUGGAGGAGCACACAUCCACCCUGCUGCUCAAUGGCUACCAGACCCUGGAGGACUUCAAGGAGCUGCGGGAAACACACCUCAACGAGCUGAAUAUCACAGACCCACAGCACCGGGCCAAGCUCCUCACUGCUGCAGAGCUGCUGCUGGAUUAUGACACUGGCAGCGAGGAAGCAGAAGAAGGCACCGAUAGCAGUCAGGAACCAGUGGUGCACACCAUGUCAGACCCCAAGUGGGACAUCCCACGUGACUCAGGCUGCUUCGAGGGCUCAGAGAGUGGGCGUGAUGAGGCCGAGCUGGCAGGUGCUGAGGAACAGCUGCAGAGCCUCUCCCUGGCUGGGGCACCUUGAGCAGAGCUGGUGGUGGGCCAAGGCUGGGCCCAAGCAGCAUAGGCAGCAUGGAG